AGGACGGGAGCGGUGUUCACUCGGCGGCGCGCCGCGGCGCGACAUGCCCAGCUGAUGUUUAUUUAUACCACGAGCUCGGUGGAGGGCGCGCGCGGGAGGCCCUCCCCUCCGCGGCACCACGGUUUCGCGUGAUGCAGCCGAGCGAGCUAGCCGACGCCGCGCCCGCCGCUAGCGGAAACCCCCCGCAGCGUGGCCUCAACGGCGGCCGCUUCGAUUUUGACGACGGCGGAACUUAUUGUGGAGAUUGGGAGGAUGGCAAAGCUCACGGCCAUGGCGUGUGCACCGGCCCCAAGGGCCAGGGCGCCUACGCCGGCUCUUGGCACUUUGGAUUCGAAGUUUCCGGCGUCUACACCUGGCCCAGUGGAAGUUCGUUCGAGGGGCAAUGGCAGAACGGCAAACGCCACGGGCUGGGCGUGGAGACGCGCGGCCGGUGGCUGUACCGCGGCGAGUGGACGCAGGGCUACAAGGGCCGCUACGGCGUGCGACAGAGCACCACCAGCAACGCCAAGUACGAGGGCACGUGGGCCAAUGGGCUGCAGGACGGCUACGGCUCAGAGACUUACGCUGACGGCGGAACAUACCAAGGACAAUGGAUGCGCGGCAUGCGGCACGGGUACGGCGUCCGAACCUCCGCGCCUUUCGGGCUGGCGUCGCACUACCGCGGCGGCGCCCGCGACCACCGGGGCUCGAUGUCCUCGCUGGCGGAGGCGGGCACGCCGGACCCCACCGAGCGGCGCACGCACCGCAUGGACGAGGCGCGCGGCGGCUUCGUCCUCAAGAGCAACUCGGACGAACCUUCGGGUCGCCGCGGAUCCCUCAUCGAGAAAUCAAAGAAAGGACUACUCUCUCCGGUAGCACAAACCGUUAUCUUAGAAGAAAUAGAUAUAGUGAAAAAGUUGCGUAAGCAGCGAAGCGCGGGUGAGCUGGAUAAGAGAGGUACCAGCUCAGUGCGGUCGGGCGGCUCCGGGGGCUCCGCGUCCUCCUGGGUGUCCUCCGUCGAUAGCACCCACUCCGCCAUGACCCACGGCUCGCUGCACACUGACUCUAAUGCUAGUUUCCUCGUUGAGGAUGAACAUUUGGAAGCUGGUGUCACAGAAACUUACAUGGGCGAAUGGAAGAACGACAAACGCAAUGCAUUCGGAGUGAGCGAGCGCAGUGACGGCCUCCGUUACGAGGGCGAGUGGUUAGGCAACAAGAAGAAUGGCUAUGGAGUCACGACGUUCCGCGACGGCACCCAAGAACAGGGCAAAUACAAGAACAACGUGCUAAUAACCAGUCAGAAGCGGCGCCACAUGUUCCUCAUGCGCUCGGCGAAGUUCCGGGAGCGCGUGGAGUCGGCGGUCACGGCGGCGCAGCGCGCUUCCAAAAUAGCACUGCAGAAAGCUGACAUUGCGAUAUCCAGAACCGCCACAGCCCGAGGAAAAGCUGAACAAGCCGACGAAGCGGCAGACCAAGCAAAAGAAGACUGUGAUUUAGCACAAAUGACUGCAAAGCAGUUCGCCCCAGAUUUUAAGCAUCCUGGCUUGGACAGAAUAGGAUUAAGAGAUAAAUAUAGACAAAAACAUUACGACUCGCAGGUCACGACGCCUGUUUCACAAGAAUCUGAAAAGAUCUUGGAAGGAAAGAGCAUUCCAAAUCAUAUCCCUCCGAUGCAUUCACAGAUUCCUCAAGCAAACAAAGCUCCAUAUGGAGUGCCCCCGAGACGACCAUCUACCCAGUUCCCGAAUAAACCAGUACAGUCAAUAGAUCCAAGGCUCACAAAUAAUUCCAAUUAUAGUACGGACGAUAGGACAAAUUAUUAUUCUGAUCAGGAUCAUUGGUCAAACACGCAAUCACAAGGACCACAGUAUGGACAAAGUGAUCAAAUGAGUGGCUACGGCCCGAGUGCACAGUCAGGACCACCUUACCGAGUACUAAACAGACAAGACGCCGUUCAACAACAAACGGGUAUGGAUCAAAGUAGUCAGCAAUUUGGCAACCAACCGCGUAGAUUUUCAUCGGCGAUGAGACCGGCUCUAAAUCUUAAUCAGAGACCCGGACCACAGGAUUGGAACUCCACAGGGAUUAGACGGCAAAGCAUUCUAGGCCAGCCUACUCAAAGUGCCCAAGAAGCCCCGUACGGCGACGGAGUUGCCGCCAGUUACGGACGUACCGAGCUCAGAACCGGCACGGUACAUUCAGAAGGGUCACACGAUCGUCUCGGGGGAGACCAUAUGCAUUACCAUCAAUCCACGGAACCUCAAGGAUAUCAGCAGCCUCUCGAUCAUAGACAACAAAGAGAAGGUUCAAUGUACCGCCAAGCCAGCUCCGACCAACCGAUGUACAGACAAGCGACGGCCCCAAUGGACGACGUGGCCAACGGGCCUCGCGACCCGCGGCAAGCGGGCCGCACAUCAAUCGACUACUUCGACCAUUAUAAAAGACCGCCGAGUAGAGAUUCGAGCGUGGAUCGCUACGGGCGGCGAUCGCGGCAGCCUUCAGUGGAAGCGACCGCGCCCGCCCGGGAGUCGCGCGGCGGCUCGCAGGCGCCGCCCGCGCCCGCGCCGGCGCCGGCGUCGCGGCCCGCGUCCCGCGCCAACACGCCGGCGGCCGGCAACGGCCAUCUGGCGUCGGCCCGGGGCUCGAUAUCAAGGGAAACGCCAUUCGAAGAGUCACUUAUGAGGAAACGAACAUUGGGGCAAGAUAUAUCACCAUCGCCGUAUCAACCGAAGAGGACGGAGAGUUUGUGCAUGACGCCGGCUCCUGCGCCGCCCCCGCCCGUGAUGAGAGGAGGUGGCGGCGGCGGCGGUGGUGGCGGACGAAAGGCUGCUCGGUUAUGGGAUUCUCUACCCGCCACCUGUGACCAUCACCAUGUCGAAUGCUAA